AUGCUUCGUCAUGGCCGCCGGAAGGACUCUAUAGAACAGUUCUUAGGAUCCCAGCAACUUUUCCUCGAAAAUGGUCUCUCCCAAUUGAGAUAUAUGAUAUUGAUAGAAGGUCUUAAUGUCCCUGAGGGCUACGAACUGUGCCCGUAUAGAAGCUAUGUAUGGUCUAUCUUAUGUAGAGCUGCGCCCUUGGAAACAACUAAAUAUUGUCAAUUGUUAAAUUCUGCUUCGAAAUCGCUCCCUAAAGCUACAUACGACAAAAUCAAGAACGAUACGUUUAGAACGUUAAUGAACGAUUCCAGCUUCCACCUGAAGGUUCCUGAAGAAACAUUAGUUAGAGUGCUCUCAGUGGCUGCUCUUACCGCUGAAAACAAUAAGGUGGGUUAUGUACAAGGAAUGAACGUACUUCUAGCCCCCAUUGCGUACACCUGCUACAAGAGUGAACCUCAAGCCUACGCCAUAUUCCACCAUCUCAUAACCAAGCAAAUCCCGCUAUACAUAACUCCUAACUUAGAUGGAGUUCAUGUGGGCUUACUGCUUGUGGAUGUCAUUUUAAGUCUCAUAGAUCCUGUGCUAAGUAAAUUCUUGGAUUCAAAGUUUCUUAAGGCAGAAAUUUAUGCAUUCCCUUCGGUCUUGACUCUUUGUGCUUGCACUCCUUCAUUGAAAUCGGUUCUUAAGCUCUGGGACUUUCUAUUCGCCUAUGGCACUCAUAUGAACAUUUUAUUUAUAGUUGCCCAGUUAAUUAUAAACAGAUCUGCAUUACUUAAGUCACAGCAGCCAAUGAAGAUAUUAAGAAACUUCCCUAACUUAGAAGAAAAUGAAAUCAUUAAAUUAAGUUUGAGUUUUAUACCUGAGUUACCCAAACAGUUGUAUUCAUUAAUUGUUAGACAUGGCUAUGAUCCGAAUGUGGGCAAUGAGUUAAAAGAAUUCAUUUCAAGAGGGAGUUGA